GAGCCGUCCCAAAGCCCCAGCUUGAGGAACUGGUCAGUGAGCCUCAGGACUUGCAGCUGCUGUAGAAAGCCGAGGGUCUCUUGCAGAUCCCAGAGAAGCCAGAGUUUCCCAGCGAAACAGUGACCUGCAAAGGAAAGUAGGACCAUGUGGACAUCCCCCAUUUCAGUCUGGUUUCUUUUCGUAGGCUGCUGGGCAGUAAGAGGCCCUGGCACAGUGCAUGGUCCAGAAGGCGGGUCGGUGUCUGUGCCAUGCCACUAUAAGGAAGGCUACGAAGAGUAUCCGAAAUUCUGGUGCAGACGCAAAGUCAUGCUGUGCAUCCUCAGUCAGAUCCUGGAGACCAAUGGGACAGAGGCCAAGAUGCACUGGGGCCAAGUCUCCAUCCUGGACAACCACAUUCAGCACAUGUUCACGGUGAUCCUGGAGAACCUGACCCAGGCAGACACUGGGAUCUACCUAUGUGGGGUGGCAAGGACUGGGCUGCCCCAUCCCAGAGACUCUGUGGAAGUGAUCGUGUCUCCAGCUCCUCCUUCAAAUGCGGCUGUAAAGAUGGGAAAAUCAACAGAGCAGCCAGAGGCUUCUGCUUUCACAUGGACGGUGACUGAUGAAGAUGCAUCCAGGCCGUCUGCAUCGAGCCCCAUGGACGACAACGGCAAGAGCAUUCAGGACCAAGAACAGCAGACCCACAUUUACAUCCUGGCCGUGAUCUUCCUCCCCGCCCUGUUCCUCCUGGGUCUGAUCUCUGCGGCAAUCUGCGUGGCUGUGCGCGCCAGGAGGAGGUCCACAAGCACAGUGCACAGCAGACCUGCUCAGAACCUGCCUCUUUCCCAGCCUCUGAACUGAGAGGCACCAGCAGAAGAAAGGGGCACCCCCAGCCUCGUGUCCUGCACCAGCCCCUGCAGACUGGGCCUGAGUCCCCUCCUGUGUCCACUGAUGUGAAUCCAGAGUAAGAUCAGUGAAGCAGACUGAAGCCAGACCCAGGGACAGAAAAAGGAAGAACAGAGCCUUUUGGAGCCUGCAGACGAGGAAAGCCACACACCACUCAGGACUGCCCACAAGUGAGUUGAUCCAGAUGUUUCUCAAGGAAGGGGAUUUGUCCUUGCCUCAAAGGUGAGAUCAGUUUGCAGGAUAAAAGCGAGGGGAAAAGAGCCAAUCACGCAACACCCUUGUGGGAAUGGCACCUGAGUUGCAUUUGGAGUUUGGCUCAUCCUACAUUGAAUGUGUUUCCUGGGCCCUUUUAACCCUCUGUCCUCUCAGUCCUUUUUACCCUCUACAUCAUCAGGAUCUGGGGCAGGCUAUCAGCCUGCAUCUGUCCCUGCUUACCGUCCUCUGGGGCCUGACUCCUUAAUACUCAGUUGUGCUAUAAACCCCAUUUCCUGCGGAUAACAGCUGGUUGGACCAGGGAAGCCCUGUGCCCGCAGAAGAGGAAGCAACACUUUGUCCAGGGACAAGGCGGCGAGAGCACCAAACCGAAUACACAGCAGGCUCAGGCCCCACAGAAGCCACAGGGGCUACCACAGCGAUGAAGGGACACGGGGCUGUCCAUACCAUCCCCACAAUCACCGCAGGCACCUCAGGAACAAGUAGGAGCUCCUGGCUAAGCCUUCUCCAAGAGGGACCCGGAACCCUAGAAGUCAUUCUCACCUCGGUCAAAAUACCCUUCAUCUGCUGAAAGCAUCAAAUCCAGGCUUCGGUGGGCAGCUGGGACCAUUGCUGGCAUUUGUGCAUCCAGGGCUGCAACCAGUGGCUAGAGGUGCUAGGAAAGACUGUCCCUCUCAAAAAGAAGACAUGUUUUCAAAGCAGUUUCUCGUCAGACACAGCAAGGCUUCCGCACAACUUGAGUCCCAACUUUGGCUCGCUUGUCCACCACGGAUUGCAUCCCCGCAGGGAUUCGGCAGAGAGCCUGUCGAUCCGUCUGGCAGACGAACAACAUACAUGCAAGUAAAUAUAUCUUUCGGAAUGGGUCACGUCCCUUCCCAGGAUUGUGGAGGCAUUUCUUUGAUAUUUCUUUUCAUUUGUUUUAUUUUAUAUUAUGAUUAAUAUGGAGACAUGCAGAAGGUAGGAACUUUUUAAAAGUCCUCUGACUCUAAAUAAAAAAAAUA